AUGGGUAGUAAGAAAAGAGGGUCCAAUAGUGUGGAAGACGAAGUCAAGAAUCAGUUUGGUAUAGGCAAUGAUAAAGAUGUUCCAGAACAUUCAAGAAAGAAAAUGAAAAGAGAGAAAAAGGACAAGAAGAAAGAAAUAAAGGUGGAAGAUGGGUCUGCUGGCCCAUCUGUAGCUCCUGAUUAUGUUAAGCCAAUGGAGAGAAAAAAGAACAGAAAAGCACUGGACAAAGAGAGACACCGAGCCGAGUCCGAAUCGAAGCCAAAGCAGUUUGUGUUGGUGGUAGCAGAAGAUAAUGAUAGUGAAGUGUUAAUGGCGAGCUCGCCGAGUGCAAGUAGUUGUGGGUUGCCUGAGUUCCACAUUGGUGUUUUUAAGGAACUUGCUUCUGCUGAUGUAUUUGUAAGGGAAAAGGCUGCUGAAGCGUUGGUGAUGGAGUUGGUGGAAGUUCAAAAAGCUUAUGAUAAGCUUGAGGACAAGGUGUUGGUUGAGGGUGGGUUGAAAUUGGAAGCUGAAAAGGAUGAUGGAUUGAAUAAUUGUGCGCCUUCUGUGAGAUAUGCUGUUCGGAGGCUCAUUCGUGGUGUAUCUUCAUCAAGAGAGGAAGUGAGGGACUGUCUUCUGGGUCGCUUGUUUGCUUAUGGAGCUCUUGGGCGAUCAGGAAGACUAACUCAAGAUUGGACUUCUGAUAAAAACUCUAUGUAUAUCAAGGAGUUCACUAGUUCUCUUAUCUCUCUUGCAACCAGGAAGCGGUACUUGCAAGAACCCGCUGUUUCAGUUAUUUUAGAAUUGGUUGAUAAGUUACCUGUCGAAGCCUUGCUGAAUCAGGUUCUUGAAGCUCCAGGGCUUCAGGAGUGGUUUGAAGGAGCCACUGAAGUUGGAAAUCCUGAUGCAUUGUUUUUAGCUCUUAAGAUGCGAGAAAAAAUUUCUGUUGACAGCAGAGUGUUUGGCAAGCUUCUGCCUUAUCCAUAUUGCUCUAACGGGCUUUUUUCUGCAGAUCAUCUUUCGUCACUUGCUAAUUGCUUGAAGGAGUCGACCUUCUGCCAACCUCGAGUUCAUAGUGUGUGGCCUGUUUUGGUAAAUACUCUCUUACCUGAUAACGUUGUGCAAGAUGUAGAUAAAGCAUCAGGUUUGAAUUCCAUCAGGAAGCACAAAAAGAAUCGCAAGUAUAGCUCAUCCGAAGAAGACAUUGAGAAAAAUAUUCGGAGUUUCUGCGAUGUUAUCAUUGAAGGAUCCCUUCUCAUGUCAUCUCAUGAUCGUAAGCACUUGGCACUUGAUGCUGUGCUUCUUCUACUACCGAAGCUGCCUGCCUCUUGCGUUCACAUUAUUCUGUCGUACAAACUUGUGCAGUGCCUGAUGGAUAUACUUUCCACAAAGGACUCUUGGCUGUUCAAAGUUGCACAAUUUUUCCUAAAAGAAUUGUCUGAUUGGGUCAAGUAUGAUGAUGAUAGAAGAGUAGCUGUUAUUGUGGCCCUGCAAAAGCACAGCAAUGGGAAAUUUGAUAGCAUUACUAGAACCAAAACAGUUAAAAGUUUUUUGGAAGAAUUUAAAACUGAAUCUGGCUGCAUGCUGUUCAUUCAGAAUUUGAUGAGCAUGUUUCUGAAUGAGGGUAAUGCUUCAGAGGAACCUUCAGAUCAGAGUCAAACAACAGAUGACAAUUCAGAGAUAGGUUCAAUAGAGGAUAAGGAUUCUGCUGGGACAUUGGGAACUCCUGAUUUUUUGAAAAGUUGGGUUGUGGAUUCUCUACCGGGUGUUUUGAAACACUCUAAACUAGACCCUGAAGCAAAGUUCCGGGUGCAAAAAGAAAUUCUGAAGUUUUUAGCCAUUCAAGGUCUAUUCUCUUCAUCUCUUGGAACUGAAGUGACAUCUUUUGAGUUGCAGGAGAAAUUUAGAUGGCCAAAAGUACCCACCUCAAGUGCUCUUUGCAGAAUGUGUAUUGAGCAGCUCCAACUGUUGCUGGCAAAUGCUCAAAAAGGAGAGGCGCCUCAUGCAGUGGCUAGUGGCCUCGAGGCAAAUGAUCUUGGGUCAUAUUUUAUGCGGUUUCUUAGUACAUUAUGCAACAUUCCUUCAGUUUCACUUUUUAGGGCCUUGGGCAGUGAUGAUGAAAAAGCAUUUCAAAAAUUGCUGGAAGUUGAAACCAGGCUAUCUAGAGAGGAAAGGAAUUGCGGGCUCAGUACAGAUGCAAAUAAAUUGCAUGCCCUGAGAUACUUGCUCAUCCAGUUGCUGCUGCAAGUCAUACUUCGACCUGGGGAAUUCUCUGAAGCUGCCUCUGAACUUAUUAUAUGCUGUAAGAAGGCUUUUGGUGCUUCCGAACUCCUGGAUUCCUCUGGAGAGGAUGAACCAGAUGGUGAUGGAACCCCCAAGCUAAUGGAUGUCCUUGUGGAUACAUUUCUUUCCUUGUUGCCGCAGUCAUCAGCACCUAUGCGAUCUGCUAUUGAGCAGGUUUUCAAAUACUUCUGUUAUGAUGUCACGGAUGAUGGACUGCUUCGUAUGUUGCGUGUGAUAAAGAAGGAUCUGAAACCCGCAAGAAAAAAGGAUACAGACCGUGAAGACCAUGAUGAUGAUGAUGAUGAUCUUGUCGAUAUCGAAGAAGCAGAGGAAUAUCAAGAACCUCCUCUUGAUAUUGGAGCUCCACGUGACAUUGAAGAAGCGGAGGAAUAUCAGGAACCUGAUGAAACUGAGACAGGUGAAACCGGUGAGAGUGAUGAACAGACAGAUGACUCUGAGGCAGUAGUUCGAGUUCAGGCAUCUGAGGAUGAACCUCCUGAGGACUCUGAUGAUUCUGAUGGAGGAAUGGACGAUGAGGCCAUGUUUCGGAUGGAUGCUUUUCUUGCACAAAAAUUUAAGAAGUCGAAUAACCAGGCUGGAAGUGGAACUGCUCACUCCCAGCUCGUGCUCUUCAAGCUUCGUGUUCUCUCGCUGCUGGAGAUUUACCUGCAUGAGAAUCCAGGUAAGCCCCAGGUGUUGAAAGUGUUCUCAAACCUGGUACAGGCAUUUGUUAACCCACAUACUACAGAAGGUAGUGAGCAGCUUGGUCAGCGUAUUUGGGGAAUUCUGCAGAAGAAAAUAUUUAAAGCAAAAGAUUAUCCAAGAGGAGGAGAUGUGCAACUAUCCCUGCUUGAAUCUUUGUUGGAAGAGAACUUGAAGUUGGCAUCAAAGCCAUUUAAGAAAAAGAAAUCGGCAAAUAACCCAUCAAAAAUAAAACAGUCAGCCUCCUGGAAUCGACACAAAAUGAUUACGUCACUUGCUCAAAAUUCCACGUUUUGGAUUUUGAAGAUCAUUGAUGCACGAAAUUUUCCUGUGCCUGAGCUGCAGAGGGUGGUGGAUAUUUUUAAGGGUUUUUUGACGAUUUAUUUCAACAGUAAGAAGUCUCAAAUGAAACCUGAUUUUUUGAAAGAAUUAUUUAGAAGAAGACCGUGGAUUCGUCAUCAUCUCUUGGGAUUCUUUUUGGAGAAGUGUGGUAGUGCAAAAUCAGAGUUUCGGCAAGUUGAAUCACUUGAUCUGGUGAUUGAAAUAUUGAAAUCACUUAUUUCUGUUAAACCUGAUGGAAGUGGCCAGGAAGCAUCAAAGAAAAUUUUGAAAAGCCAUAUUCCAAAACUAUGUCAUCUUGUGCAACAGUUGGUGACAGAUAUGCCCGAAAAGCAGUCAAGACGGGUUGAUGUGCGUAAGUUCUGUGGCAAGCUCUUCCAGUUUUUGACAACCCAUAACCUGACCACAUCAUUUCUCAGAACUUUGGAACCUGAAGUUCAUGCUUCUUGCGAAUCUCAACUUGGUGAGCUGUUUCUUACUUUGAAAAAGCAGCAACAGUAGGCUGUCUGACUAGUUCUGCUGGAAAUAUCUCCUUCAAGUGUUUGAUUUACAAUCAAAUUAUUGGAAGUUCCUUUCGGUUUGAAUGCUAGUGCAGCAAAUAACCUCUUGCCCAACACACUACAUGGGGCUCUCGACAACUUACUCAAACCGAAAUACUACUUUCAUGGACAUUACUCUUUGGUGAUCAAUCAAGUUCUACACCAGUGACCCUGGAAGGUGGCAGUUCUUGGUAAAACUUUCUGUUGGUAAAACCUUUAUACUUUUCACUUGUCACUUUUAGUUUCACGGUGUUGUCUUGGGUUGUUCAUAUCUAGGAGAAUUUUGAUCAUAAUUGAUCCACCAUAGCCUAUAUUAUUGGACCUUUCAUUUUUGAAUUACAGUAGUUUCUUGUUUAUUUCUUUUAUUAUAGAACAUAAGUAUUUAUUGUGAUUGCGGUGUUCCUUCCUCUUCGUAACACUUGA